CACAUUUCCAUGCUUGUUAACUUCAGCAGGAAGUUAUCGUAAACAUGGCGGACUGUGGAGAAGCAGAUGGACCUGUGAAGAAAGAUGACAUCGUACGCGCUAAAAAUGAAGGGAAGGAGUUGACCAAAGAGGAGAAGCAACGGCUGAGGAAAGAGAAGAAACAACAGAAGAAACAGAAGGAGGAGAAGCGCCCGUCAGAAGGAGCGAAGGAAAAGAAGCCUGUCGCUACAUCACAACAGAAAGCUCCCACAGUGUUACCUGCCUCUGCACCAAUACCUGUGCCUGUCUCAGGAGCUCCCUCCCCAGCAGACAAGCCAGCCAAAAGCAGAGCUGAGCAGAAGGCAGAGAGGAGAGCAAGGCAGGAAGCUGAUAGAGCCUCUAAACAACAGAGUUGCUCCUCCAGCAGCAAGACCAAGGCCUCUCCAAGUGAACUAAACCCAGUGGUGAAGAGACUUCCUGAGCAUGUCCAAGUGGACGACCCGGCAGUGGUGAAGAGACUGGCCAAGAAGUUGGAAAGACAACAGAUCCCCCUACGAUCCGACUAUGGCUACAAAGUUAGCCUGUUCUCUCACCUGCCCCAGUACAGCCGCAAAGCCCCCCUCACCCAGCAACUCAGCAUUCCCUCUACUGUGAUCCACCCCUCCAUCGUGCGGUUGGGUCUGCAGUAUUCCCAGGGCAUCGUGGUGGGAUCCAACGCUCGCUCUGUAGCCCUGCUCCACGCCUUCAAACAGGUGAUCAGGGACUAUACUACCCCUCCUAAUGAGGAGCUGGCCAGAGACCUGGUCAACAAGCUCAAGCCCUAUAUCAGUUUUCUCAAUCAAUGUCGCCCCCUGUCGGCGAGCAUGGGCAACGCAAUCAAGUAUAUCAAGAAAGAAAUCUCCAAUAUUCCUAGUCGGUUCAAAGAAGAGGAAGCGAAGAACAAACUGCAGACGUGUAUAGACCAGUACAUAAACGAAAACGUAGUUCUGGCUGCCAAGGCCAUCUCUAAAUACGCCAUAGAGAAGAUCAGUGACGGAGACGUCAUUCUAGUUUAUGGAUGCUCGUCCCUGGUGAACCACAUCCUUUGCGAGGCAUAUAAUAAGAGCAGGAAGUUCCGUGUGAUCGUUGUGGACAGCCGGCCUCGUCUGGAGGGAAGGGAGGCUCUGAGACGUCUCGUACAGCGAGGCAUCAGCUGCACCUACGUCCUCAUCUCUGCCCUCUCGUACAUACUACCUGAGGUAUCGAAGGUGUUCCUGGGUGCCCAUGCUCUGCUAGCUAAUGGCUACGUGAUGUCUCGUGUGGGCACAUCUCAGAUAGCUCUGGUGGCCAGGACCUUCAACGUGCCGGUUCUGGUCUGCUGUGAGACAUACAAGUUCUGCGAGAGGGUGCAGACUGACUCCUUCGUCUCAAACGAGCUUGAUGACCCCGAUGACCUGAUGGUGACCCGGAAGGGGAAGACCCAGCUGGAGAACUGGCAUGAUGUCAGCUCCCUGGGGCUGUUGAAUCUGGUCUACGACGUAACGCCACCAGAUUUUGUUGACCUGGUCAUCACAGACCUGGGCAUGAUCCCCUGCACCUCUGUUCCUGUUGUACUCCGGGUCAAAAACUUGGAACAGUAGGGGAUGACGUGGGGGGGUCUGAUGUAGACUUGAUCUGACUGUGUUCUAGAACAAGUGCCGUCUCAAAUGGCCCCCUAUUCCCUAUAUAGUACACUACUUUUGACCAGGGCCCAUACGUCUCUGGUCAAAAGUAGUGCUUUAUAUAGUGCAUUACAAAAUGCCAACCUAUGUUCCAAUGUCCAGUCUAGCAUCCGUCUUACAAUGCUCAGACCGACCUGAUAAAUAGCUUCAUUCUUAGUAGCGUGCCAGUGUGUGUAUGUUGGAACGGGACUUUUAGAUACAAAGUCUCUCCCCAACUCAGUCUUCCUACAUGCUAGGCUACACGCCCACUAGCCCAAGUCGGACGACAGAAGUGCCAAACCGCGAGUCUACACUGCGCACACAUUCACACUUGUGCUUUUGGCAUUUAAAUAAAUGUACAUCUGAAAUGGCUUUUUAAACAA